UAUAAAUACUGCCAUGCAAACCACCAUUUUCAAAUCGUACACACAACAAGAAGAAGAGUGAGAACAACAGUUUUCAAGCCCCCCAAAAAUAAAUAAUAAAUAAUAAAAAGGAUCACAAAAUAAAUAAAAAUAAAAAUGGCUAAAACUGUUGCUCUCAUCUCCGCCCUCUGCUUCCUCGCCGCCGUCGUCCACGGCCACCAGACGGAGCAUUUCAACGUCGAGGGCGACGUCUACUGCGACCCUUGCCGCGUCCAGUUCGAAACCGUCCUCGCCCAACGCCUCAUCGGCGCGACGGUGCGAUUGGAAUGCAGAGACCUAGUAAAGAAGGCGGUGACUUACUCAGUGGAGGGGGUGACCGGAUUCAACGGGCAUUACAGUCUGCCGGUGGUCGGAGACCACCAGAACGAGAUCUGCGAGGUCGCCGUCGUGAAAAGCCCGAGGCCCGAUUGCAUCGAGCCGAUGGGAGAUUUCGCUAAAUCGAGAAUCAGCUGCACCACCAACGACGGUACUCACGCCGCCGUCAGAUUUGCUAACCCCAUCGGAUUCAUGACCGGAGCCGCCGUUCCACAGUGCACCCCUGUCCUCUUCGAUUUGGGUGUUCUCGUUAACUAAAAAACUUAUAUAAAUAAAUAAAAAAGAAAAAGUUUUAUUUAUUAAUAUUAAUUAAUUAUUUAAUUAAAUAAGUUGGCUUCUCUUGUUGUUCUGUGUAUUCAAUUGUUAUCAAUUUGGCCAAUAAAUACUGGUAAAUGAAAAAAAAAGAAAAAAAAAAGAAAAGAAAAAAAAGGGGGAAUUUCCUAUUUAUUUUUUUUCUUUAUUUUUUUAUUAUUAUUUUAUUUAUUGGCUGUAUGGUAAUGAGGAGUCUGUUAAUUUCCUGUUUUUUUUUUCGGUGACAUUAUUGUAAUGUUCAUAUCUGAAUAAAAUAAAAAAAAUGUUCUAAUGUUUAUUGUUCUUUU